AUGUCUAUGAUCAAACUCUCAAGCCCGAAAGGAGGGUAUCCAGAGAUAAAAUGGUCACGCAAUCUACCUCGUCGAGGCCCAUCAGGACUGAUGACAAUACUUGGAGGAGUCCAAUCAAAUAAGGAGAGAAGGCGUCUUCGAAAAGAGCAACUCAAUGCAAGGUUAUCUCUACUUCCAUUAGUUCAAGCUGAAGAAGAUCGAAGGAUAUUGAGAGCUAUGAAAGCAUUUGAAGCUGAAGAGGCGUUAAUAAUGAAGGAUGUACCUGGAUGGAAAGUAGGAGAAAGUGUUUAUCACACAGACAAAUGGGUUCCACCAAAUCCUGCACAAUAA